AUGCUUGGACUCUGGCAGUCCAAGAUGCCGGCAUUGGCCCUCGUGGUCUUGCUGAGCGGUCUCUCCCCAGCUGUGCUGGGAUUGCGAGUCACGUCCGGCUCCUCAUGUGCGGACAGCUGUAAUAAAUGGGGGGCGUCCACCAACACGACGGCCGAUGAGAUCUCGUGUGAGGACACUGCGUUCAACAACACAGUGAAGGGCAGGGACUUCAAAGACUGCAUUACCUGCGAGUUAGAAAGUACUUAUGAGGAUGAUAUCACUGGUGAGACUGAUGUGAACUGGGGCCUCUAUAACUUGCGAUUCGCGGUCUCGAGCUGUGUUUUCGGAUAUCCUGAAAGUAUCUCCAACUUAUCUUCUCCAUGCCCAGUGGCAUGUGGGACGGUCCAAGAAGCAGUGCAGUUCGAUCUUGAGGAUCCGAGUGCGGACAACCUGGAUACAUGGUGUAAUACUGCGUCCUUUGCAGACAACGUAAUCAACACCUGCGAGUUCUGCUACAACCUCACAGACAAUCAGGUCUACCUGGCAAACUUCCUCGAGUCCAUCCGAUACAACUGCCACUUCCCAACAACCAGCGGCGAUGAGUUCGCCGUUUCCCCUACGAGAAUCUUCUCGGAGUCUCUCCUCCCCUCAAGCAUGUCCCUCACAACUCCGGGCUCAAGCUCCUCCCAUGUAAACCUAGGCCUGGUGAUCGCGCUCCCCGUCCUAGCCUUCAUCAUCAUCUGCCUCGGUAUCGGAUCCUGCUGCUUCUUCUACAUCCGCUACCGCAGAAAGCGCACCCGCCAAAACCGUUACCAAGACCACCUGUAUGCCCGCUAUAAUGACACCACCAUUAGCACGCCCAUGCAUGGCCAUGGCGAUUGGAACCAGCAGCAAAUGUACUCCGACUACCAAGAGUUUGCGCAGAUGCACGCUGCUGGGUACGGAAAACAUGAAGGUUUCAAUGCGCAGUAUGGUCAGGCUCAUGAGAUGUAUGGUCUCAAGCCCAAGCAGGACAUCCAGCCGCAAGCCACAGAGAUAAAUGUUGCCGUGCCUCAUCCAGGUGCUGAGCAGGCUCCUCAUGCCAUUGGCAUGGACCAGAAGCAUGCUAUGUAA